UUGGGAAGCAUUUGGUAGAUGAAGUGCUUUCUGCCUAGUGUGGGUCCCAGGAUGUCUAGCUUCUGAUACUAGGAAGCCCUUUCAGAUCCAGGGACUGAAGGGUUAUUACUGUGGUGCUAGAGCUAUGCAGCUGGAGCAUUGUCUUUCUCCCUCUAUCAUGCUCUCCAAGAAAUUUCUCAAUGUGAGCAGCAGUUACCCACAUGCAGGCGGAUCUGAGCUUGCCUUGCAUGAUCAUCCCAUUAUCUCGACCACUGACAACCUGGAGAGAAGUUCACCUUUGAAAAAAAUUACCAGGGGGAUGACGAAUCAGUCAGAUACAGACAAUUUUCCUGACUCCAAGGACACACCAGGGGACGUCCAGAGAAAUAAACUCUCUCCCGUCUUGGACGGGGUCUCUGAGCUUCGUCACAGUUUCGAUGGAUCUGCUGCAGAUCGCUAUCUGCUCUCUCAGUCCAGCCAGCCCCAGUCUGCUGCCUCUGCUCCUAGUACCAUGUUCCCUUAUCCCAGCCAGCAUGGACCUGCUCACCCAGCCUUCUCCAUCGCCAGCCCCAGCCGCUACAUGGCUCAUCAUCCUGUGAUCACCAACGGAGCUUAUAACAGCCUCCUGUCCAACUCUUCUCCGCAAGGCUACCCCACGGCGGGCUACCCGUACCCCCAGCAGUAUGGCCAUUCCUACCAAGGGGCACCUUUCUACCAGUUCUCCUCCACCCAGCCGGGGCUGGUUCCCGGCAAGGCUCAGGUCUACCUGUGCAACAGGCCACUCUGGCUGAAAUUUCACCGGCACCAGACGGAGAUGAUCAUCACCAAGCAGGGAAGGCGCAUGUUCCCUUUCCUAAGCUUUAAUAUUUCUGGUCUCGACCCUACGGCUCACUACAAUAUUUUUGUGGAUGUAAUUUUGGCGGACCCCAAUCACUGGAGAUUUCAGGGAGGCAAAUGGGUUCCUUGCGGCAAGGCGGACACCAAUGUACAAGGAAACCGGGUGUAUAUGCAUCCCGACUCCCCCAACACGGGAGCCCACUGGAUGCGUCAGGAAAUCUCCUUUGGGAAACUAAAACUUACAAACAAUAAAGGAGCAUCAAACAACAACGGGCAGAUGGUGGUUUUGCAGUCCCUUCACAAGUACCAACCUCGCUUGCAUGUGGUGGAGGUGAACGAAGACGGGACGGAGGAUACCAACCAGCCGGGCAGAGUGCAGACAUUCACGUUCCCCGAGACGCAGUUCAUUGCCGUCACCGCCUACCAAAACACCGAUAUCACACAGCUGAAAAUAGAUCACAACCCUUUCGCAAAAGGAUUCCGAGACAAUUAUGACACGAUCUACACGGGCUGCGACAUGGACCGGCUGACGCCUUCCCCCAACGACUCGCCCCGCUCGCAGAUCGUGCCAGGGGCCCGCUACGCCAUGGCCGGCUCCUUCCUCCAGGACCAGUUCGUGAGUAACUACGCCAAGUCCCGCUUCCAUCCCGGGGCAGGAGCCGGCCCGGGGCCCGGCGCCGACCGCAGCGUGCCCCACACCAACGGGCUGCUCUCCCCACAGCAAGCCGAGGACCCGGGGGCCCCCUCGCCGCAGCGCUGGUUCGUCGCCCCCGCCAACAACCGCCUCGACUUCGCCGCCUCCGCCUACGACACGGCCACCGACUUCGCCGGCAACGCGGCCACGCUGCUGUCCUACGCGGCCGCGGGCGUCAAGGCGCUGCCGCUGCAGGCGGCCGGCUGCGCGGGGCGGCCGCUGGGCUACUACGCCGACCCGUCGGGCUGGGGGGCCCGCAGCCCCCCGCAGUACUGCAGCAAGUCGGGCUCGGUGCUCUCCUGCUGGCCCAACAGCGCGGCGGCGGCGCGCAUGGCCGCCGGCAACCCCUACCUGGGGGAGGAGGCGGAGAGCCUGGCCCCCGAGCGGUCCCCCUUGCCGGGCGCCGAGGACUCCAAGCCCAAAGAUUUGUCCGACUCCAGCUGGAUCGAGACGCCGUCGUCCAUUAAGUCCAUCGACUCCUCCGAUUCUGGGAUUUACGAGCAGGCCAAAAGGAGGCGGAUCUCCCCCUCGGACACCCCGGUGUCCGAGAGCUCCUCGCCCCUCAAGAGCGAGGUGCUUACCCAGCGGGACUGCGAAAAGACCUGCGCCAAGGACAUCGGCUAUUACGGCUUCUACUCGCACAGCUAGGCGCGGCCGCCGGCCCGCCGUCCUUUUGCACAAUAACUCCUCCGCGUUAGCGCACUGACCCCCGCCCCUAGCUGCCCCAUCCGUGCCCCGGCC